AUGUUACAUUUUCGCGGGCUUUUCCCAGCCCUCCUCCUCUCCCUCCUUCUCACCCUCGUCUCCUCCGAACACACCUCCAACUGGGCCGUUCUCGUCUCAACCUCGCGUUUCUGGUUCAACUACCGCCAUCUCGCCAAUGUCCUCUCCCUCUAUCGCACCGUCAAGCGUCUCGGGAUUCCCGACUCCCAGAUCAUCCUGAUGCUGCCUGAUGACAUGGCAUGCAACCCUCGAAACGCCUUCCCGGGCACGGUCUACAGCAACGCCGAUCGCGCGGUCGAUCUCUACGGUGACAACAUCGAGGUGGACUACCGCGGCUACGAGGUGACGGUCGAGAACUUCAUCCGGCUGCUGACCGACCGGCUGGAUGAAGACGUGCCGCGCAGCAAGCGUCUCGGGUCGGACGCGGGCAGCAACGUGCUCGUCUACAUGACCGGCCACGGCGGCGACCAGUUCCUGAAGUUCCAGGACGCGGAGGAAAUCGGCGCGUGGGAUCUGGCCGAUGCGUUCGGCCAGAUGUGGGAGAAGAAACGCUACCAUGAGCUGCUGUUCAUGAUCGACACGUGCCAGGCUAACACCAUGUACACGCAUUUCUACUCGCCCAACAUCAUCGCCACCGGCUCGAGCGCCCUCGACGAAUCGUCCUACUCGCACCAUGCCGACAACGACGUCGGCGUCGCCGUCAUCGACCGCUGGACGUACUACGUGCUCGAGUUCCUCGAGACGCAGGUCACCAGCGCCAAUUCGAAGCUCACGCUGGGCGACCUGUUCGACUCGUAUGACGAAGCCAAGAUCCAUUCUCAGCCGGGGGUGCGGUGGGAUCUCUUCCCCGGUGGUGAGCCCGAGGGUCGUCUGCGGACGGUGGUGGAUUUCUUUGGGAACGUGCAGAACAUCGAGGUCGAGAAUGCCAAUGCGACGGAGCCCGGUUCGCUCAAGGAGGAUCUGCUGGAGAUCGCCAGGCUGGUGGAGAAAUGGCGUGCCCGCGACCGAGAAUAUUUUGCGACGUUCAACGGCACGGCCAGCGUCACCGAGCCUCCGUUAGGCCGCUCUGAAUCAGUCGAGCUGCAUCGCAGUUCCCGUAGAGAAGCGGUGCAGCCGGCUAAGAUGGCAGGGGAGACUCCCUGGGAAAAGAGAGCACUUGGGGCGUCGGUGCUGGGCGUAUGUGCGGCUGUCUGGUUCGCUGGAUCGAUCUUGGGCCGGCCUUCGUAG